AUCCUCCGUCCAUAAACACGACUUAGUCUUUCUCAAGUUUGUGUUUGAACAUGGCGGUCGGGAAAAAUAAAGGCCUUUCGAAAGGCGGCAAAAAGGGCGUUAAAAAGAAGAUCGUUGAUCCGUUCACAAGGAAGGAUUGGUACGAUGUUAAGGCACCGUCGAUGUUCACCAAGAGGCAAGUGGGAACCACACUUGUCAACCGUACCCAGGGAACCAAAAUCGCCUCGGAAGGUCUGAAGGGGCGUGUCUUUGAAGUGUCCCUGGCUGAUCUCCAGGCUGAUACUGAUGCGGAAAGGUCUUUCCGUAAAUUCCGUCUGAUUGCUGAGGACGUUCAGGGUCGCAAUGUGCUCUGCAACUUCCACGGUAUGGACCUCACCACUGACAAGCUCAGGUGGAUGGUAAAGAAAUGGCAGACACUCGUCGAAGCCAACAUUGACGUAAAGACAACCGAUGGCUACCUUCUCCGUGUGUUCUGCAUUGGUUUCACCAAUAAAGACUCGCUGAGCCAGCGUAAGACAUGCUACGCUCAACACACUCAGGUACGCGCUAUCAGAAAGAAGAUGUGCGAGAUUAUCACCCGUGAUGUCGCCAACUCUGAACUGCGUGAGGUCGUCAAUAAACUCAUCCCCGAUUCCAUCGCUAAGGAUAUAGAGAAGGCCUGCCACAGCAUCUAUCCAUUAAGAGAUGUCUGCAUCAGGAAGGUGAAAGUACUGAAGAGGCCCCGUUUCGAAAUCGCCAAGUUGAUGGAACUUCACGGAGAAGGUGGAGGUGGCAAGCGUGGGGAAGUGGGUGAUAAGUCUGAACGUCCUGAGGGCUACGAACCACCCGUACAGGAGAGUGUAUAAGCUUAUAAUAAACGAUAAAAUUGA